CACGUACAUAAACAAAAUGCGUCACGUGGUAAAGCAAAGCCCAGGCACACGGCACUAUUAGUCACUUAGCUUGCGUAUUCUUUUGACUACGAGAAGGUUGUAAGUAGAGACGCAGCCUUUUAGCUAAAAACAUGUUAUCGAAGACACCGUAAAGUCAUAUUUUUGUAGGGCGUCAUAUCGCUUAAAACAACCGGCAGUAAUGGCAUGCCCCUCAGAGAGCGGUGUCCGGGUGGUCGGCCCCUCGGAAAAAGGAACACCAGGAACAUUGGGGGCCCGGCCGCAUAUUCAGCAGUAUCAGUCAUCUCCGACGGCCAUCGCCGCCUCGCCGGGAUCUCUGAUGGUGGAGUCAGUAGACGAUGCGGAGGGGCUGUAUGUUGCAGUCGAGAGAUGUCCACUCUGUAACACUGCGAGACGCAGGCUAACUUGUGCUCGAUGCAUUCAGGCUGGUGACUUCGUAUAUUUCGACGGCAGAAAUGUCGAAAGGUAUACAGAGAAACUGGAAAGACUACAGAAGAUGAGAAACGAGAAGGAGCAGCUUCAGCAAAGAGUCACUGAAGCCAUGGCCAAGAAGGUCCAUGCAGACCAACUUAAAUGGAAGCUCAUGUCAUGCAAGAUGAAGAUUGAACAACUAAAAGAUGCAAUAUGCAAUGGGAAUGAAGAAGUGAAGAGUGGCAAAGAUCUGCUGCUCCGCUCUCAGGAGGAAGGCCAGAGGCUGCAGCGGCGGGCUAGUCGCCACCAGGAGAAGCGAGACAAGAUUGAGCGUCAUAACCGUCGGCUGAAUGAGCUGCUGGACAAGAGGGCUAAAGAGAUGCAGGGCAGGCUAGAGGCGCUGGCUGAGGUGCGGCGGGGACACAUCCUCGAACUCGGAACCUACAUCUUCCCCACACAGGAAGAGAAGCAGGGCAGCAGGGACCCAGCAGAUCCUGCUGUGGCAGAGUACGACUUUGCCCUCACGUCUAGCACCGUGAGCGAGUUAGCUGAGGCCCGGCGGACAACUUACAUGUCCGGCCGCUGGAUCUGGGAUGACCAGAAUGGAGAGACGAGCAUCAGCAUCACUGGGCCUCCUGUCACGCUGCCCAGCAAUGGAGACUGCUCCGGUUACUUCAAUUGGGUGGAGGAGAAAAACACUAAUCCAGGCCCAGAAAUGGAUCACAUCAACCCAGCUCAUACUAUUAGUGCAGCCCUCUGCUAUGCCACUCAGCUUGUUAACAUCCUCUCUCACAUUUUAGAGGUCAAUCUGCCCAAAAAGCUGUGCAACAGUGAAUUCUGCGGUGAUAAUUUAAGCCGUUACAGAUUUACCCGUGCUGUCAACAAACUGAACACCAACAUUCUGCAUCUGUGUGUCUCCCAGCAUGUGGACAGUGAGAUGCUCCACCCCCACCACACACUGAGAAACAUCAUGUUUUUGGUCUCCCCAGAGAAUCAGAACCUGGGCAGGACAGGGCCGUUUGAGGUGAGUGCAGACCUGGAAGACUCCAUGGAGUUUCUGGAGCCAGAGGCAGCAGGCCCUACGGAGGACAGUGGAGACGAAGCGGUGUCGGAUGAAGAGACAGACUUGGGUACAGACUGGGAGACGGUUCCUAGCCCCCGCUUCUGUGAUAUCCCCUCGCAGCCCAUGGAUAUGUCCCAGAGCACAGCCAUGCAGGCUUCCCAGCCAGCAACAAACGCUGGGGGUAUGAUCUCCUCAGCUGCCGCCUCUGUCAGCUCCUGGUUCCGCCGUUGAGUCCCGGCCGUGUGGGUGGGGGAGUUUGACUGCUGUAGCUAUGCAAACAAUUUGUCUCCCUCCUCUUUUAGCAGAUCUCAUUGGGAAAAGGGAUGUUGUCACCUGACUGCAUGCAGAGAAUGAAACUUUUUUUUGGGGGGGAUAAGAAUGGGUUAACUUUUAAUGUAUAAAUAGGACAUGGUGAAUAGCUGUCGCUGAGAUGUCUGACCUUCUGUAGCUCACAACCACUGUAGAAGCCCCAUCAUUAUGCACUGCUGGCAACUGUCCUUUUUGCUGUGUACUUUAAUGCUUGACAACAGCAAGGAGACCUGACCAUAUAUACCAGAGAAUCUGGCAACUUGGGGAAACUGAUUUCAAUUUCACAUCCUAGGACUUGUUACAUUGUUUAUUGAAGAAUGAAGCAUGGACUGUGUGCUGGGUAAGCUGACAAAGCCUGUACCUCUAGACCUCUUGUGGUACAAGAUGCCUCUCAAAACCAGUUCAGAAUAGUCAUGCAGAAUAACCCUGUUGUAUUCAGGCAUUUUAGCAGUGCAAAAAUAGUUAUUGCAAGGCAUGGUGUGUCACUCACCUCAGCUGUUUAAGAUGGACUUGGCUUGGGGAGAAAAAUUGCAACAAGCUGUUCAACAAAAUUUACAGUACAAAUGUUAUAGUAGUCUGGGGGAAUGGAAAGGAUUAUUGAUGUUUAUUUUAUUAAAUAUAGACCAGGCAUUUUACUUAAAUAAAAGUAGGAAUGAUCAUUUUAUAACA